AUGGGGGCCAAGCUGUCCCCGUGCCACUGCUCGGCUGCAGGACAGCCCUGGCAGCUCCCCCAUGUCCUGGCAGCCCUGGUGCCACAGGAGCCACAUGCCCAGCUGAAGUGCCAGGGAGAGCCCUUCAGCAGCGACAGCGACAAGCUCUGCAACCCCGCGGGUGUCUUCUUCCCCGCCUUCCGCGUCAACCGGACCAGCGAGAGGAAGGAGGUCAUGGUGGCCAUGUACAAGCUCUUUGCCUUCCUCAACGCCUCGCUGGGGAACAUCACAGAGGACCAGGAGGGGCUCAACCCCACAGCCAAGGAGCUCCUUGACAGGCUCCACAACACCACCAAGACCACUCGGGGCCUCAUUUCCAACCUCACCUGCCUCCUCUGCAAGAACUACAACAUCUUCCAGGUGGACGUCAGCUAUGGGGAGAGCUCAAAGGGCAAAAAGACCUUCAAGAAGAAGCAGCAGGGCUGCCAGGUGCUCAGGAAGUAUGUGCAGGUCAUCGCCCAGGCCGCCCAUAUCCUCCUACCUCAUCUCAGCCCAUUGUGA